UAUAAAUCUGACCCAACAAAGCCAAAAAUCAUUACUCGAAAUCGAAAUCACCGGCAAUCCAUUUUUAGUAAUUAUUUUCAAUAACCAUGUCUCAGCAACAGUUCAAGGCCGGAGAAGCACGUGGUCACGCCACGGCAAAGACAGAGGAAUGGAUAGAAUCAGCUAAAGAUACCGCUAAUCAGGCUGCUGAUAAGACCGCCGAUGCGGCCCAGUCUGCCAAAGAGAGUACCCAACAAGGCACGGAAUCCACUGAAGGAUUUUUCCAGCAGACUGGGGAGCAAAUGAUGCAAAUGGCACAAGGAGCGGUGGACAGUGUGAAGAGUACCCUGGGAGUUGGUGAAUCUCAAAGCAAGAAGUGAAAAAUCUCUGUCUCUGCCUGUCUUCCUUUCUUGAAGGUUUUUGUUUACUACAUAUGGAGAAGAAACUAAGAAAGCGAUGUAGACGUUGGGUCUUUAUCUAUCUCUCUCAAGCUCGUGUUUUUAUUCAUUG